CAUCGCCAGCUGUGCGGAUGCAAAACCGACCCAUCUAAUACAAGCAUCCAGCGCGAAAAUAACCUUGGUUGCAAAUAAGACACCUGGAAGCGACGAGCAGUUGCAUACUCGUAGCACUUUGACUUGACAGUGUUGCAUUUGAGGGAGGCGUUCAGCACAGUCCCUGGCCAACUUUUAUGUGACUUUCUUGGCUAUGAAGGGGAUCUGUAAGCAAUUGGUAGCUGGUCUGUUGCUAAGGCCUAAAUAUUUGCAGAGUGUUCCCCGCGUAACACUUAUUUCCAAACAAUAUUAUGGCAGUGCCGAAAGGCCGUCACGUCUGGUCAAAUCAGAAAAAUCUUGGCGGAAGCAAUUUAGUAUAACGACGGGAUCGCCAGCUUCGCUAAAACCCAAUGACAUCUUGAGCAAAAUCAAAGAGGUUCAAAGUUCGUUUGAUUCAGAACAAUACACGGAUUUACUCGCCAAUACGGAAAAAACCGUUGUUAUACUGUCUACUCCUUCGUUUUCAACGUGGCUUGAAAAUGGCCCGUUUAUCCCAAAUCUUCUUCAAACAAUAUUUCCGGCUGCGCCGGAUGCCACAGAGGUAGAGACUAUCCUGGGGGUGGUUGACGGCUUGGCACCCCCCAAUAUCUCCGACUUAGAGAGUGAUAGGAUCACACCGACAGAGGGGUUCGGUAUUUCCAUCAUUCUAAGCAAGCCAGGGGAAUAUCAAGGCGAACGCAGACUCAAGCAAAGCUCCGUGGACUCCAGAUCAAAUCCGACUGAUAGCUCAAGCAUCACCGUUAGAAUCCAUGAUCCAACGGUUGUCGAGCCUACGAAGACUGCUCAGACUCAGAAGCAUUCAGAUAUCACCAUGCCUCUCGCUAACACGACUUUCCGUAACGGGCGCACAUCCACACUUCUUGAAGUGCGUUGGAAAAGAAGCUCUCCGGAGAGCCAAUAUGAGCAAACUGGAAGUAGUGAGCUAGAGUCUUUGACCAUCUCUGAUACCUUCUCUGGGAAGCUAUUCGAAAACUCCACCAGCAUCCCCCUGGAACCUAUUACCGAGACCAGACAUGUCGCCAGCGGACUCGGGAACAUAGUGCGAACUCUCACGGAUGCUAGCGGGAAAGAAAUACCGGCAUCUAGUGAGCUUGAAGCGAGUGUGGUCUCGUAUCUGUCGUCGCGAGGAUUGCCGGAGCAAACAGUUGGCGUAUGGGCCUUGGUUUUUCCCGGUGAAGUCUAUGAAUCCGACCUUGGUAAAUGGGCCAAAGACUACCCUACUCGCGUCUGGGAUGCGAUAAGAAAUGGAGCUAGCCUCCACCGUGUCGUAUCUGGUGGUGGCGGCUGGGGAAUCAAAGCAGGCCUCCUUUCUCUCGACCCUGAAACACAGUUCGGUUCUGGUGAAGCUCGAUAUGACUUCUCCCAGCCAGGAUCCGCUCUCGACAGCGACGCCGAGCAGACGCGAGCCCUUGGCCAAAUCGCAAAAGCAGGGACUUAUAUACAGUUCUUAAUUGCGCACCAGCAACUGGAUCAAAUUGCUGGUGCAAUUCCGCCUCUAAACAAGGCUGAGCAAUUGGAGCCCCGCAAGGUAGAUAGCACUACCCCGUCGAUUCUGCUCGGCUGCAUCCCAUCCACCAUCGAUGAUAUUCCAUUGCCGCCCUUGGAGAUGUCUGGGGACGAAGCACGGAAGGGACUCGCAGUGGCUUAUAACCAACUAAGCAUACUCUCUGAGAAGGGUCUGUAUUUACGCCGGGAAGACGCAGAGCAGACCAAUAUCCCAGCUCAUUUCACCAGAGUCGACAUUCCUGGUGGAGCUAUCAGAGGGCAGAUGGGACAAGAAGCUGAGAGCUGAAUCUUUAGUGCGUUAAUUGAGCGUGUAAACAUAGUGUGAUAUAUAGACAUAUAUAAGCAUGUACGAUAGAUAUGAUGGAAUUUUACGAGGGC